AUGGUUGAAGAUCUCUCAGUGAACAUUACCAUCGCCAUCCAAAUGCUUGAUAAUGCUGAAGUUGGUGGCGCGCCCCAGCGAGUGAACGUUGGCACUGUAGUCAUUCUUGGAGACCACGAUCAGGACUUAAUACGCGUCGACGUCCUCGGAUCUUUUUAUACCAUCAUCCGCAACGCGUACUCCUCACAGCCCAUAGACAUUGCUCAUCCUAUUGUCGAACAGGAGAUACUGAAGUAUGGGCCUUCCGACAAGCUUGUCCUCUAUCUAGAUAGUCCUCCUUCGCAGGAGAAUUUAUUCACUCAGGUGCGCCGAGACGCUGCGCGACAAAAAAACCUCACGCGAGCCAGUAUACAGCUCCUUCAACUCGAGAAUCGCGUGAACAGUAACCUACGAGUCCGGAAGCAGCAUCUCCUUGGCGUCCGCAAGCAUCUGAAAUCAGCUUUCUAUUGGUCUUUGGCUGAUCGACAAGCUUUUGCGCAGUAUUUUCAAGCCAAAAAGGCGAAGGGCCUAGUAGCAGAAGGAUCUCGUACCGAAGUUGAUCCGAGCCUUCCGGCGAUUGAGAAUUUCUCAAGGCCUGCCGGCACCAUCAUUACAAAGCUACUUUCGAACGUCGGCAAGUCAGAACCACGCAAAGAGCCUAGGAGUUUCAAGGACUCAACUUCUAUGAUGGACUUGGCGGCGAUGCGAGAGCACAUUCAAUCCCUUUGGCAGGCCAACUUUGAUCCAAGGAACUACACCGAACGCAGCUAUGUCCAUCAAGGCUCCAUUCGGACAGACGGGUUUCGUCUGCAGAUCCGAAACGUUGUGAAGACUCAGCAGGAUGUUAUCGACCUUUGGGGUUGCGCACUCGAUCAGAUCAAGAUUCUGAGUAUCGAUCUGGGCCAAGCGUGUGUCGUGGGUGCCAGCCUGCUGCUGCCCGAAGACCAUGACCCCGGCAGCGCGACGACGGUGACUGGAGAAAAAUGCGAUGACGCGGAUAUGGCCAGCCCCUCCGAAGACGCCUCUCAGCCUCAGGUCCCCGCGACUUUUCGUAAUCUCGCAGUCAAGCAAAAGGCCGUCUAUCAGCCUACAUUCAAGCAUCGAAGAUGGAUGGAAGAGCAGAAGAAUAUCGUGCUAGGCAAUGGAAUCGAAUCCAUCAGCAACAUUGAAACUAAACUAUCACCACUGCGCGGCCAGGGUAUUAGCUUCACGAACCAUGUCGUAGAGCUGGAGAAAGUGGAAGAGCGACUACAGGAGUUCUACAACGGCAACAAUCGGUUCAAGAAGCACAAGUGGGACGCAAGAAGAGCGCGGGAUGCCGAAUACAGAUUCAUUACAGAGAGUCUUCUCAAGGCAGUUGGAGGAAACAUCGGCAGGAAAAGGGAUGAGACUAACAAGGUUAAUGAUCGGAGUCGGCCUAGGCAAGUUCUCGACAAAGGCCAGGCUUUCCUCAUUGCACGAGUCUUUCAGUCCUACUUUGGCCAGGUCACUUGGAUACAUCGUGGUUAG